AUGUGUUUCAAUGAGAUGUCGGCGAACUUGGACUUAGGACGGUUUUGUGAAACAACGCCCUGGUUCCGAGGCGCCGUCUACACCCUUAGCUGGACGACGCUUCGUGUAGAGGUACUCUAUGGUGACUAUGAUGACCAUUUGACGUUGGAUGAUCUGAUGGCUGAUAGCUAUGGAGUAUACGUGGUCACUGGCGCCUAUAUUGAAAAGUUUUAUGAGGACAAGGAGGUGAGGCGGGGGCUUUCUUUGGUCCAAGCCGCCAUCCGGGCAGGUGUCCAGCACUUCGUGUACAGUGGCCUACCGUCCUGUAUGGAGGUCACCGGUCAGAAAUGUCCGGAGUCUGAGGGAAAGUCCAAAGUAGAAGACUUUCUGUUUGCAUCAGAGCUACCCUCCACUAGCCUCAGACAACCCAUUUCCAUGGAAAACAUUCUCAUUGAUUUCAUCCCUCUGCUUCAAGAUGAUGGCACCUUUGUUUGGAAUAUCCCGAUGGAGGGCAAUCCCCUGCCUGUAUUGAACCCAGCUGAUGAUGGUCGAGCUAUCCUGACAGUCUUUAAGAAUCCUAAGGAGUACAUCGGUCGUCGAAUCGGGCUUGCAGGGGACUGUAAAACCAUGGAGGAGUAUGCAGCUAUAGCAUCCAAACAUGUGACCCCUUUUGUCAUCAAAGCAACUAAGAUGACUGCCAGUGAAUUCAAAAAGUUAGAUUCCCCACGGGCUGCGGAUUUAGGAGCGAUUUUCCAGUAUUUCCAGAUGGAUACUUCGGCUUACAGCCUAGGAAAUACUAAACAACUGGAUGCUAAUUGUAUGGAUUUUGACUCUUUCAUGCAAGUACAUGCCGCCACACUAAAGGACCUGCUUGGAUGUCAAAGUUACGACGAGACCACAAUAAAAGAAUCGAGAUGUAUAGGAUUUCAGCCUGCAAAAUAAGUUUCUUUUGAGUUACAUAUUCUUUUGGUGCAUUUCGUCUUCCUUGAAAAUUUACCAGAUAUAGAAAAUAAUUAUUGCAUGCACCUUAUUUAAAGAAAAACAAAUCUAAAGGUUUCUGUAUAGUAUUUCGUUAACAAAUAACAUAAUGUAUUACUAAGAUUAAUGUUACUGUAAUAUAUUCUCAUAUUUCCCUCCAAUUUUCUAGACUAUAUAUUCCCUUAAUGUAUUUACUUGAAAGUAGGGACCUACUGAGUAGACCUACUAUAACAAUAUUAAAAGGGAUCUAAUGUUUUCGAUUUGUGAAACGUUGGGCUUUAGAUUUGAGAUUAAUCUUAAAGAGAAUUUUCCUUUUAUAAUGAACAAACCACAUCAAGAGAAUAAAUAUUUUCUCUAUAGAAGUUUGUCAUAAGUUAUUUCCAAAUUGAGAAAAAUGAACUCUUGGAAUUUGAGCUACUGAUGGCGAGUGUCAUCAAAACUUUUAAGGACUCGAUUUUUAAUAUUUUCUAGGACAUUGUUUGUCAGUAAUACUAACAUUAAGACUAAAUUAAAUUUCAAAAUAAUUGUUUUACACAGUCAAGUGGAUGGCAUACAUACUCUGAAUCAAUGGAGAUUAGAUCUAUAUUAAUUUUUUUUUCUUCUGUUUUUUAAAUCAGAAAUACUAAACAUCACGGCGCUUUACAAAUUACCUUACUUCACAUUGACAAAAAACAAAUUAAUAUGCAUGAUAUAUUAUGUUGUAACCUUUAAGUGUGCAUAAUUUUGUUUUAAUAAUAUAUAUAUUUUCAAGAAUGUAAAAAUCGUCUAUAAUUACAUUUUAAGCCUUAAGACCGUUUCUACCUCUUGUUAACGUGUGGUCAUACUGAUAUUGAUGCAGACUUUGAAACUGUCCGGAACUGAGGUGCUAUUUGAAAAAUAGUUACUUUAGUUAUUACAUUCAUUUGCGGUUUCAAAUUCAUUGUGAUCAUUUCAGAAAUAAUGGUAAUUUAGAAUGGAAGAUGAAAGGUAGCUCUUGGUAACAUUUUCACCAUACAACAAAAGUCGCAAUGACUUUAAAGGGCAAGUCCACUCCAAAAAUAACUUAAU